AUGGCCGACGCAGAACUAGAAGAGAUCCGACGAGCUCGUCUCGCGCAACUCCAGCAACAAGGACCACGUGGAGGUGGUCCGGCCGGUCAGGAUGGUGGCGAGCAGGCACAGCAGAGGAAACAAGCAGAGGAGCAACGCGCUUCGAUACUGACCCAAAUUCUCGAUCCCGAGGCUGCCGAUCGCCUGGGCCGCAUCCGCCUCGUUAAGGAAUCGCGUGCAACCGAUAUCGAGAACCGCCUCAUCAUGCUCGCACAAUCUGGACAGCUACGGUCAAAGGUAACCGAGGAACAGCUCAAGGAGUUGUUGGGGGCUGUUGCAGAGAACCAGCGCAAAGAGGAGGAGGAGCACAAAAUCGUUUUUACUCGCCGCAAAGGUGGAUGGGAUGACGAUGAUGAUCUCUUGGACUUGUAA